AUAAAAAAUAGGGGCAAAAUUUUAUUUCAUAAACACUUUCACACAAUACCAGAUAUGGCUUGGCACUUUGUUUUGAACUUUCUAAAUGUUGGGUUUUUUGCUCAAGCACUUUUGACUGUAGUGUGUGUAUAUCUUGUGUACAAAUGUACCAAGUACGUGUUUGGCAAAGAGAAAGCGACGAGCGAACAGCCUUUAAAACCUGACACUGUUGGACGCUGUCUUGGUCAUCGUGAAGCAAUAUUUGAUUUGUUUUCCGUCGAAAGAGGUGGAACGGGGAAUAUUUGUCUUACGGUAUCUUUAACUUCAAAACAAAGCCUGUCACAUCAGCACGUUCGCGAUGCUCUGGUGCUGUUAGCCAAACGACAGCCGAUGCUUCGGGCAAUCAUAACAACGAUAGCAAACGGAGAUAAAUACUUUGAGGUCAAGGAAAUAAAGGAAGUGAUUACAAUGUUAGAUAUUACUACUUUUGAAGUAAAGGCUUCGGAUUGGAAAGAUGUGUGGUUUGAAAAUACAGAAAAACAAAGAGGAAAUGGUCUGUUGUGGCGAGUUGUGAUAUUACAAGAGGAAUUCGUAUCAGACACAAAAGAUUAUGCAAAUACCUUAAUGUUUCGUUUUAAUCAUUCCUCUACUGACGGCGUGUCUUGCGUGAAAUUUUGUAAGCAAUUUCUUACUUUCGUGAAUGAAAUUGCAGACGGUGCUACUGUAGACCAGGAGAUCCCCAGUCUAAACAUACUGCCAUAUUUUCAUGAUAUUGUCACACAGAAACGAACUUUGUAUUCAGUAUUAAAUUUCAUGCUCACUUAUUGUGGCCUUCGACCUAUUUUAAGAUUUUUCAUGCAGAGAUUCAUUGCUCGCCGCUUGGAAACGACGAAGUGUAAUCCUUAUUAUAGUCAGUUCCCACCUAGUUUAGAUGUCUCUAGCUUUGCUGGACCAAAUCGGCUAAGUGCUAAAGUUUUCACUGAGAGCGAAACAAAGAAUAUUAUACAAGCCUGCAAAGCAAAUAAUUGUACUGUAACUGGAGCUUUGACGGCUGCUGCACAUUUAGCUUUCUGUGAACUUAUACAAGAUGGCAUGAAAGGGAACAAAGAUGCAAAGUUAAAGUGCGAGUGUGCUAUUAACGCUCAACGUUGUUGUGAUCCAAAACCACAUGAAGAUUAUCUAGGGUACUUUGUGUAUGUUUUUAAUGAACUUUACAUGAAAUAUGAGACAGGAACGGAUGUUAAUUUUUGGAAGAUGGCACAAGAAACUACCAAUGAAAUACAUGAUUUUGUGAAAACUGAAGGAUAUAUUAUUAACGAGACAAUAAUCUGUGAAACUAUGAAACCAAGAGAAUUAGUUGAUCAAGUUGAUCGAGAGGUGUUAAUUCGCUUCUCAUGCUGCAAUUUUAUAUCGAGUUUUGGGUCUUUCAAUUUUGAUCAAAACCAGGAGGAACAGACUUAUAAACUACAAGAAUGUUUUGUAAACAGCCUUAAUCAUGGUUUUGCCGAGACCUUCUUGCACUUAAACCACACUAUUAAUGGUAAAAUGUCCUGGUCAAUCGUCUCUGAUGUUUCUAGAGUAGAAAGUCGACAUGCAGAAAAGUUUGCCAGUCUUUGCUUUGGCAGGUUUAUUGAAAUAGCACGUGGUCGUGCUUGAGUUUAUAUCAUCACAUUUGGUUCGGUAAAUGAUAAGUCGUGAUGAUUUGCAUUAGGAACUAGGCCAAAGGCAAAGAGACAAAGGCAAAGAGACAAUCAGAAACAAUUUGUUUUAUAGGAGUGAGAAUUUUUGUAAAUAUAAUUAAAUAAUGUUGAAGCUAUCUUUUUUGGUUAACGUCGAUCCAAAUAAACAUGUUUUGUAGCCUGCAUGCAGACAUCUCUUGGAGUUGUUCUCGUCAUCGUCUACAUGUUCUUAAGAAACAGUGGACCUUUGUAGGUGAUAUAACUACCCGAAAAAUACAAAAAGAACUUGGACUUGGUUUCAGCCAGAGGACCUUCGUCUUGAAGUUGAAAGGCCUUCGCUGGUAAUUGUAUCGCGUACAAAAGUCCGCUGUUUGUAAUUGUAUCAUCAAUAUUAAAGAGAGAGAGAAUUUAAAAAAAGAGAAAGAAUUGUUUAAUACACACAUAAAAACGCACAAGUUGUUACAAG